AUGACUUCCUUCCUCGACCUAGACGAUGAUAUCUUGGUCUGUAUACUUCCUCAAUUCUUAUCCCCUCACGAUAUUUUCAAUGUCUCAAUAUUGAAUAAAUCAAUAUAUAAUUUGAACUACAACUCGUCGCUUUCAUCCAAGCUUUUCCAACAAUUGUACAACAAGAUCUUCACCAACAAUGACAACAACUUCAAACUCUCGUAUAGUGACAAGCUCAAUUGGAAACAAUUGUUCCAGUUGCGCUGCUCGCUGAAACAGCAAGUCUAUACUUGGGGAUCAUCGCAGUUUGGUAGAUUAGGAUACCUUGUAGAUAAGAUUGACCAGAACCAUGUAACUUCAAGAAGUCUCGGAUUCCGAGGUGUCCAUACCCCGACUGCUAUACCACAAUCCGCAGGUCACAUUGUCACUGAUAUUGUUGCCAGUGGAUUUCAGUUCAUUGUGCUUUCGUCUAGAAGCCAAUUGGUUACCACGGGAUUCUCCGAUGCACCUGCAAUUCUGCGCGAGUCAACUCCAGGUCCCAUAGGAAGCAAAGAUUACCAGGGGAAUUUGAUGGCGCUGAAUCUGGCUGCUGUUCCCUUCACAGAAGUCGUGGGCUCUCGUAGAAGUAUCAGAAGACCUGGCGUCAUGCCAAUGCCGGCCAAUCGUUAUGACCAUGAUGUCAUAGAGACUCAGCCGGCCAGAACCCCAAGGGAUACACCCAUGAAUCCAAAUUUGACAAGACCACCAGAUCAAUUGACAUUUCCGCCUGAAUUGGGCUACAAUAACGAAGAUAAUGAGACAUCUAAAAAGAUUGUUGAUUCUAAUUUUUUGACGACUAUAACUUUCCCUAAUUACGAGCCCGACGCCUAUCCCAUUUCGAUUUCCUGUGGAAGACAGCACUACAUAGUUCUCGAUAGCCACAACAGAAUAGCUUCAUGGGAUACAGGGUGUAGGUCCAAUGCAGCAGUCUUGCUUCGGUUCCCAGGCAUUGAUCCGAGUUUGCCCAUAUUGAAGAUCUGCGCUGGUUGGAAUCUUUCCUGUUGCUACAUCUACGACGUUGGUUUGGUGAUGUGGUAUACUCGUAAUGCGAUAACGAAAGAACAGUAUGAGGCUGGUGAUCGCAAUGUAGAUGCACACUAUGUAGUGAUUCCGUACACCAAGCGGGAUGUCGUAGACUUCACAGUGGGCUCGGACUUUGUGCUCUUUAUCAAGAAAUCAGAUGGGAAAUUGUACAAGUUUGGUAUGAAUGCGCAAGAACUAGCUACAAGAGAUAGGCAAAUUGGAGUCAGACCAGACGAGACACAAGAGGCAAUAGAACCUGUCCCCAGCUUUAACAACUGGCUAGCCCGGACCAAUUUGCAGAACGGCUCCUCAGCGGAGUUUACUCGCCUCAAUUGCUGCUAUACGAAUUUUGUGGUAUUCACCAACGACGACGACGUGCUUAUUGGUGGUCGUAGCCAUCUCGAAGAUAGCUCGGAGGAAUCGGAGAGCCCUCCGAAAAUUAUUCCCGAGCUCCAGAAACAGAACAUCAAAUCAGUCGAAAUCGGCGACUACCAUUUCCUAGCACUAACUACAGAUGGCAAUAUACUUAGCUGGGGCCUAGAGUCCAGCAAUUGUGGCUGUUUAGGAUUGGGCGCCAAAGAGGAGUUUGUCCAGAAUAACGGUCCCAGUGUUGUCAAAGACUUGGGCCCCAAUAAGGGCAUGGAAGUGUUGGUACCUACCCGUGUCAAGAAUCCACCAAUUCCGGGCAAGUGGGUCUCUAUUGCAGCCAGUGGCUGGCACUCUGCCGGAGUUUAUGUUGCAGAGUAAGGAGAAAUAUAUAGGCUCAGCGUGCAUUGGGGCAAAUAUAAUAGACGGUCGUGAAGGCUGAGUAAUUAUAUAAUAUAUUUAGUUAAAUUUAGCCAGAUUAUAUAAAGAAAUAUAUAAGUAGUCUAUAGAAGACGAGCGAAGAGCUUGAAG